CGGUCUGAAACCACCACUUUCCCACAAAUUUCGCAAAAAGCUUUAUUAAGUACUAGAGACUUCUGAGGUCGUGCAAAUGAAGUGUUGAGUGAUUUAAUAUCCAUGCAGCAUAUAUAGGAAUUCCAUAAAAAUGUCCCAAAGUUCCGAAAAUUCUGAAAGUAAACCUCUUAAUACCAAUGACAAUAAUGAGGGAAAUACGAAAAGCACACCAAAGAUACAACCAAAAUAUAGCAUCCAUCGAGAUGUGCUGACUCAUGAGAUAGUUAUACGACAAACUGGGUAUUCGGCAAGAGAUAAAAGUAUCCCCUCAUCUUUACGUAACUUUUGGAGUGGUUUGAACUUGCUAUCAAUAUUCACUGGCCUUAUUCCUAUUCUUCAAUGGUUACCCCAGUAUUCACUGAAGCGGGACCUCGUUGGAGAUAUUAUAUCAGGAUUUACUGUCGCUAUUAUGAAUAUACCCCAUGGAAUGGCCUAUGGAAUGCUGGCUGGUGUUUCCGCUGGAAAUGGUCUCUAUAUGGCCGUAUUUCCAGUGAUUGUUUAUAUGUUUUUAGGCACAUCCAAGCACAUAUCAAUUGGUACAUUUGCUGUAGCCAGUAUGAUGACGCAAAAAGUGGUUCUAACCUAUGCAAAUGUGGAUUCUAACAACCUAAUUGAUGGUACAAUGGCAGGUAAUAAUUCUAUAAUAAAUACCGUACUGCCUCCAGAGAAUGUUAUCACACAGUUGGACGUGGCCACCUCACUUGCGUUAGCUGUUGGCAUUGUGAAUGUAAGUUAAAACGAAAACAAAAUUAUAAUUUAGUGAGAC